GGCUAAUCCCUCCCCCCUGGUCGCCAGGGUAUAAAAGGGCUGGGCUGACUCUGUGGUGGCACACACGUUUCCUUGAUUGAGGCAUCAGUAGCACCAACAGCAAUCAUGUCCAGCGAGAAGACCAAGACCGCUUCCCAGACUGACGGCAAGGCCGCCCAGAGCAAGAAGUCCGAGAUGGGAAUGAUGUCCUACAAGAUGUACGUGUUCGACCAGGAGAACUUCCAGGGCCGCAUGAUGGAGAUCAGCAACGAGUGCAUGAACGUCUGCGAGAUGGGCAUGGACCGCGUGCGCUCCCUGCGUGUGGAGUGCGGACCUUUCGUGGGUUUCGAGCAGAUGAACUUCUGUGGUGAGAUGUACAUCCUGGAGAAGGGCGAGUACCCCCGUUGGGACUCCUGGAGCAACUGCCAGAAGAACGACUACCUGCUGUCCUUCAGGCCCGUGAGGAUGGACCCCGAGAAGCACAAGAUCUGCCUGUACGAGGUCGGAGAGUUCAAGGGCCGCAAGAUGGAGAUCAUGGACGAUGAUGUCCCCAGCAUGUUCUCCUACGGCUUCACCGACAGAGUUGGCAGCAUCACCGUCAGCUGCGGAACCUGGGUGGGAUACCAGUUCCCCGGAUACCGUGGUAGCCAGUACCUGCUGGAGAAGGGCGAGUUCAGGCACUUCAACCAGUACGGCGCCCGUCACCCUCAGUUCCAGUCCGUGAGGCGUAUCCGCGACAUGCAGUGGCACCAGCAGGGCUGCUACACCAUGUCCAGCAAGUAAGCUCCCACCAGAGCCCCCCCCGCAGGAGCAGGAAGGAGGCCAGGGAGAAGGGGAGGAGCCAGAGGGACGAGGCUGGGGGGAGAUGUCUGAGACUGUACCUCAACACUUGUUAAGGUCCGCCCUGUGACCCUGCGGGUGAGGCGGCGAGAACUCUCCCCCACACCCAUGCGGGUCUCCAGAAACACCUCAGAGACAGGACCCCCUGCAGGACCCCGUGGAAAACCAGACACUCGUCCUCCAGCCUUUUCUAGCUCCUCUCCUCUCUUUCUCCCCCCAGCGCCACGCCCUUCCUCAGCACCUCUCCUUUGAAUCCUUUACUGCAAGAGAGAGGGAACCUGGCAUCCCUUGUUGUGUCACUCUUGAUUCUCGGCUCAGGGUCAGGGUGAGAUGCACCAUGGGAAAUUGAGUUUCCAGACCCCCUCUGAUUCCCCCCCGCCCCCCCGACCUACUUGCCCAGUGCAUUUCACUCCUACUAUGCUGUACAGAAUCCUGGCCAAGUUUUCAAUAAAAUGUCAAGACGUAAAUA